AGUAGACUUAUCAGCUACAUUAAUAGUACUUACUGCGGUAGUCUAAGUUAUUCCAAGGCAAUCGGCACGCCACAUAACUAAUUGUUGUAGUUAUACGAGAACAAAAUACGACACAUAGCCCGAUUUUCAGAUAAACAAUAGAGGCUAUGAUAAUUUUAUAAUAAUAACGCAAUAUAGGAAUUUUGAUAAAUUUUUUAAUUGAACAUACUAUUACAUGCAGCCUCGUCUAUUAUUUUUAUAUGCGGACGAUACCAUAAAUACGAAUUGCUUCCAAUUUAAAAUAUAUUUCCUUGAAAAGUUUACCUCAAAGUAAUUUUUUUCUAGCAAAACCAGAAAAGUACCCCACUGCAUGAUAAAAUAAUUAUCGAAUAAUAAAAAUAAAUCAAGAAAUUCGUUAUAUGUAUAAAAACUAUUGUUAACUCGAUAAACGAUUAAUAAUGCUGAAAAUGAAAAUAUAUAAAUGAUAUAAGUAUCAUUAUUUUGACCUUACAGUUUUUCAUGAGUUUCUUUGGUGAACUUAAUUAUGCUCUGACAAAUUGUCAAAGGUAUAACAGUAAUUAAUUUAAAUUGUUCGCAAUUUACAUCGGUAUCGUGCCUUAUUACCGUCAAGUAGGCGACAGUAGCUUAUAAAUGUUAGUUUGCCAUUGCACAACGAGUAAAGAGUAUUGUCAGUUCGAUUUUUUUUCCGAGAACAAAGUUGAGAAGGCCGAUGACUAAAAUCCCACGUGAAAUCAGAGAAGUGAAAGACAAAGUUGUUGUCAUCACUGGAGGUACGAGUGGAAUAGGUUUGAGCAUCGCAAAGCUUAUGUUGAAAAAUGGAGCCAAGUACGUAGCUUUGUUCGAAUUGGAUCAUAAAAAUUCCAGAAUUGUUUUCGACGAAUUGCACAAGCAGUAUCACGAUAGAAUCGGAUUUUAUCCUUGCGAUGUCACGAAAACUGACUUAAUUUCCGAUAACUUCGAUAAGGUUAUGGAAUCGCACAAAACGAUAGACAUUUUGAUAAACAAUGCCGGAAUCGCAGGAGAAAAUGAGCCUGAACUCUUAGUUGACGUUAAUCUGAAAGCUCUUGUUGUGGCAAGCUACAAGAUCAUAGAUCGUAUAGGAAAGCAAAAUGGUGGAAAAGGUGGUGUAAUCGUAAAUAUGGCAUCAAUCGCGGGCAUAGCCAGCGGAAUCUCACCCGUUUACUGCGCUACGAAACACGGGGUUGUCGGUUUUACUCGUACUUUGCAGUUAUCGUAUGGUGUUACGGGGGUACGAGUUUUGGCUAUCUGUCCAAGCUUUACGAAUACUCCUAUUAUAAAAAUGGGUGUCGUUAACGAUCUAGAAUAUUUGAAACAAGAAGGUAUCGAUACUGUGCCAGCAGAUGUUUACUUGCAGUCACCGGACAGUGUAGCUAAAGCUAUUAUCGAUGCUAUCAAAACGGAAGACGGCGAUGCGUCGGUCUGGGUAGUAACAAGAGACGAGCCAGCUUUUCCAUUUGCAGAAAAAGUAGAUUUAAAAAGUUUGUGGUAAAUUUGUUAUCACUAUUGGCCGCUUUUCCCGGCUGAUCAUAACAAACGAUAUUGUCAUUUGAAAAAAAGCAACAUUCUGUUUUGAAAUAUGAUUUUUAUUCAACUA